AUGUCCACUAAAGAAUUCGUUUUAAAGCACACUUUCAAAAAUAUCAAUAGAGCGGUCGAGUCGAUUCGGGAACACAGUGAAGUAGAAGAACAUUUCAAUAUUCCGUGGAGAAUGAACGUUUCCCGCGAGAAGAACAAUCUGGCAUUUUAUCUGUGCUGCACUAAAGAAAUAGCAGGUGACACGUGGUCAAUCGAUACAGAAAUCGAGUUGGAAUUAUGGUCGCCGAGUGGAAAAUCUCGGAGUAGUCGAGGAGAAAUGUGUUUUGGAAAUAAGAAAUAUGCGGAGGGUUACUCACAAUUCGGAUGGUCGGCUUUCAUUAAUUGGAAAGAAAUGGAGAGAGAUUUUGUGAAAAAUGGAAGUAUUACUGUAGAAGGACGUGUCAGAAUCACAGGAACUUCUGGAUUAUAUACACCGAAUUUGAGAUGUUUUGAUAAGACAAUGGAAGAAGUUUCCGAUGUUGUGUUGGAUGUAAACGAUCGAAAAUUCUACGUUUCCAAAUUGGUAUUAGCACGACACACUUCUUACAACCGCGCUCUACCGAAACCGAAGAAAAUUGUGUGCGAAAUUGAGAGACUCAAGGAAAAAGAUAAAUUUCUCAAGGGAAUAUCGGUGGAGCGCAGUUGCAAGAACUGUGCCAAGCUAAUACUUAUUGAUUUUUUUCAGUUCCUUGCCACCCACUCUCCAUACUUCAAAUCGUUAUUUCUUGGAAAUUUUCGAGAAUCCAACUAUCCAGAAGUGCCUCUUGAUGACAUUGAUGCUGACGAUUUCCAGAAGUUUCUCGAAGUUCUCUAUGGAGAUUCACCUAUUAAUGAUAGCUGUGUUGAGGGAAUUGUCCUUCUGGCCGAUAUGUAUCAAACAGAAAUUGUCAUCAAAAAAUGUGAAAGCUUCAUUUUGAAAAAAUCAACAAAGACGCUGAAGAAGAAACUGCAAAUGGCGAUUCGAUACAAUUUGGAGAAUUUGAAAACCGAUUGCCUCAACAAAAUCAAGUCCUUCGCCGAUGUUCGUAGCGUUCUCCCUAGUGAUAUUAUCGAUAUGGAUCACUCGAUUUUAGCGGCACUCAUGGAAAAAGUUUUGUCAACAGCGUUUUCAUCUUUUCGAUAA